UGCUGAUGGUGAAGCUCCUGUGGGUAUGAAUUGUCUUAUUUCUGGACGGCCGCCAAAAGUGUGGGGGGGGGAGGGCGGUAGCCGCAAUAAAGAAAUCAAAUCAAAGCUGUUACCUCGGUAAAAGAAAAAUAAUAAUAAUUAUUAUUAUUAUAAUAAAUCGAUGAGGGUGUCCCAAGUGUGCGCGUCCCUCCCCCCCGCAACUCCAGCGAGGUGGUUCCGUCCACAGCAAAUGAGCUUCACGGAGGAGCAUCCAGCAGCAGCAGAGCGGAGGAGGUCCUUCACGGGAGACGAGCAGGUCCUGCGGAGCUCGGCCACGGGCUGCAGCCCGACACACACACACACACGCGCGCGCACGCACGCAAGCACGCAGAUGAGGAGCUGCGCCGUCCUGGAGCUGCAGAGACACGGACACGAGGGACGGCGUCCCGGCCAGUGAGCGGAGUCUCGCCGCCAGGCGCCGGACGGACGAGGAUUUACGCGCGGCAAGGUUUACGCGCGGCGUUACGCGCACGGCGCGCGGCUGAGAUGCUGCCCUGGAAGAAGAACAAGUUCGACCUGAUCGAGGAGGACAAGCAGAGCAAGCAGAAGGGCUAUGCGGUGAGCCUCAACUACUCGGCGCUCACGUCCUUCGCGCGCUCGUGCCCGGAGAGCGCGCUCAACCGCGUGGGCAGCAUGUUCAGGUCCAAGCGGAAGAAGGUGAAGAUCACGAACGAGGACCCCACGUACACGGUGCUGUACCUGGGCAACGCCACCACGAUCCAGUCCAAGGGCGAGGGCUGCACGGACGUGGCCGUGGGCAAGAUCUGGAAGAAGAGCGAGAUGGGCCGCAACGGCACGCGGAUGCGCCUCACGGUGAGCGCGCAGGGCAUCCGCAUGGUGCACGCGGACGAGCGGGCGCGCCGGCCGGGCCACCUGUACCUGCUGCACCGCGUCACGUACUGCGUGGCGGACGCGCGCCUGCCCAAGGUGUUCGCGUGGAUCUACCGGCACGAGAUGAAGCACAAGGCGGUGAUGCUGCGCUGUCACGCCGUGCUCGUGUCCAAGCCGGAGAAGGCGAAGGCCAUGGCGCUGCUGCUGUACCAGACCUCCACGACGGCGCUCGCCGAGUUCAAGAGGCUCAAGCGGAGGGACGACGCGCGGCACCAGCAGCAGCAGCUCGUGGGCGAGCAGACGAUGAUCCCGCUGGUGCCCAUCAGGAAGCUGCUCAACGGACAGUGCUGCUACAAGCCGCCCGUGGAGCGCAGCAGGAGCGCGCCCAAGCUGGGCUCCAUCACCGAGGACCUGCUGGGCGAGGAGGAGGAGGAGCGCGCCAUGCGCUUCGAGUGCGAGGAGCUGCUGGACGGCGGCGCGCACGGGCUCUCGCGCAUCAUCAGCGACCUGGGCGAGAUGUGCAUCGGCAACGACGUGCAGACGCUCAAGGCGGACCUCAGGGUGACCAGGCUGCUGUCGGGGGACAGCACGAGCAGCGAGUCCUCCAUCGAGAGCAACCAGGAGUCGAACGCGCCGGCGAGCGGCUGCGGGGAGGGGAAGAUGCAGGAGAUCGGCUGAGUGCGCGCGCCAGCACGAAGCACGAGCCCACGGACGGACGCUCGGAACACCGAAACGCGCAGACCCACGACAAACCCACGGGGAGCCGGCGCCCCUCUCUCCCGUCCGUCGUGCUUCUGCGUCCGAAACAACUUGACCGCCGACUCGACUCUUAAAAGGAAUGUUUCCGAUAUCGCACGCGCGCAGCAAGUGGCCCGAGAGGAGCGCGUGAGCGGUGGAUACAUUGUGUCUCCCGAACGCACGGGACCCCGCGGCGGCUGUGUGCGUAAAGCGGAGCUGCGCGCGUGUGCGCCACUGGAGACGGAGGGACCCCCGUUUGGCUUGAACUGCCAAAGCAAGGAGCCGCGCGACUUCCGCACUGAGGACAGUUGUCCACGUGACGAAAAAGACCUCCUUAGUUUCCCAGGCCAGAUUUUCCGCGCGCUCGGCGCGUCUCCCCUCGUUUUUCCUGCGCUCUUGACUGUGGAAAAUUGAUUGUCUUCUGGGUGUCGCGCUGUUGUAAAGGCUGAUCAGUCAAUCAUGUUCUUACAAACAUAACGUGUCUUAUCUUUGCUGUGCAAAAGGAAACACUUGAAAGUAUUACAGUGUACAUAGUGAUGAAUUAUAUGUAUAAAAUGUUUGUUUUUUCGUAUGAAAACGAGGAAUGUGAUAAAAAAAAAGAAAUAA